AUGCACUUAGAGUUCCUGUAUUUUUUCAGAUUUCAUGGAAAUAUAAUAAAGUGCCUAAAAAGCAGACAGGCCCAAGUUGAAGAACUUCAUGUGCCUCUCACAUCCAAUAUGAACAACAUACAGUCCUGCUUACUGGACAUUAUGAACUAUACUGUUAAACAGCUCAAGAGCAUCAAUAAAAAUAUAAAUUUGCAGGAAAUAACAACGGAGAACUGUAUCACAAAGAAAUUCCAUAAAAUUCUACAAUCACAGCUGGACUGUGUGUGGCAUCAGCUCAGUACACGAACUAAGGAGUACAUACAGGAUCUGAAGAUUUUACGAACUAUGAUUAUUAAUUUAAUACACGAUGACGCAGUAUCGUUCUAUGCGUUAGUGAGCAAAUACAGGACUCCUGAGUAUGCCCAAGUCAAUUCAGGAUGGAUACUUCUAGACUCCGCCGAACAUUUGUUUCGAUUGGCAAGAGGACGGGUGUACAAUUCUAAAAAUGAAUUCGACCCGGAACUUGCACCCAAAUGGCAAUGUUUGAGCGAUUUAUUAAUAAAAGAAAUACCCGAUGAAGUUAAAAAGAAAAACGAAUCAUUAAACAGCACAAAAGUACUAAUACUUUGUCUCGAUAAUAAAACAUGCUCUCAGCUAAAUCAUUUUUUAACUUUGGGCGCGAAUAAAUAUCUAUUUUAUACGGCUUUUCGACGGGAUUUGACUAUAAAUGCUGUAUCUUCGAAGUAUAAAAAUUUCAAUGAUGACAUUUCCCAACUGAGUGGAGAAAAUCCUGAGAGUGAAGCAGAGUUUAAUAAGUCGAACUAUGUGUUGACCCAAGUUACUCAGCCUGUAGACAAUGAAGACAGUAUGUUUGAACCAAUCACUGAGAUUGAAAACCUAGAUUUAACGCAAAUAGAAAAGGAUAAACCAAUUAUAUGCAUACAAACAUUCAAACAGAACGGAAAUCAUCUAUCACUUGAACAGACUCUAGAGGCUUUACGACCGGAAUACAUAAUUCUGUAUCACAGCGACGUGGCCGCUGUACGACAGAUUGAAUUGUUCGAAGCCAGGAAGAAGUCAGAGGAAGCCAUGUCUAAAGUGUAUUUUCUUAUACACGAUAAAACUGUGGAAGAACAGUCGUAUCUUACGGCAUUAAGGCGAGAGAAACAGGCCUUCGAGUUGUUGAUACAGACUAAAAGUAUAAUGGUGGUACCCUCUUAUCAAGACGGUAAAACCGAUGAAUAUUUUAAUCUAAAUGUCGAAGAAAGUGAAACCACAAAUGAUACGAGAAAAGCCGGUGGACAAAAUCAAGUUAAAGAAAAGCCAGUAGUCAUAGUGGAUAUGCGUGAAUUUCGCUCGGAUCUACCCUCAUUACUUCAUAAAAGAGGAAUAAACAUCGAGCCUGUCACUAUAACAAUUGGUGAUUAUAUUCUAACACCAGAGAUAUGCGUAGAGCGAAAAUCUAUAUCGGAUCUAAUUGGUUCACUCAACUCCGGUCGUUUGUAUACGCAGUGUACGCACAUGUGUCGUGCGUAUACGCGACCCAUAUUGCUCAUCGAAUUCGAUCAAAACAAGCCGUUUAAUUUACAGGGUAGUUUCGUAGUGUCCUCUGACUUGUCCGGCGCAGACAUACAGCAGAAACUGCAACUUCUCACUAUUCAUUUUCCGCGGCUAAAACUCGUCUGGUCACCCAGCCCAUAUGCCACGGCCGAGUUGUUUUAUGAACUUAAGCAAGGAAGAAAAAACCCAAACGUAGAAGAGGCCAUAGCAUUAAGCGGUGAAAAUUCCAUUGACGAUAUUUGCUACGAAAGAUAUAACGCCUUAAUCCAUGACUUCGUUCACAAAUUACCUGGAGUCACUUCCAAGAACAUUACGAGGAUUAUGAAUAGGGGCAUCUCUCUUGAUCAUCUUAUUACGUUGUCGCAGGAAAGUCUUUACAAUAUUUUGGAAAAUAAAAAAGAAGCCGAAAUGUUGUAUUCCAUUCUACACAUAAAAGCUAAACCGUCAGACUCAAAGAAGGACGAAAAACCAUUCGGAAAAAGAAAAUUUGGAGGGAAAGUCUUCAAUAAAAAAUAA